UAUAUUGAGUUAGAUUGUAUAUAAAUUGAUAAAUUGUUCAUUGGAUUCUGGUAAACACUUAUAAAUCAUAAUAAAUAAUACAUUAAUUAUCACAGUUUAUUACAAUGAAAGAAACAACACUUUCAAGAUGUGAACGAGAGUUUAUAAACACUGCUGUAUCAGAAAAUAUUAGGUUAGAUGGAAGAAAAUUAUUGGAAUCACGAGAUUUUAAAUUAUAUUUUGGAUCAACUUGGGGAACCUGUAUUGCAAGUCUUGGAUUAACAAAAGUUGUUGCUAGUGUUUCAUGUGAUAUUCAAUCACCAAAAGCAUCACGACCAAAUGAAGGAAUGAUUUUUAUAAAUGUUGAACUAAAUCCACUAGCAGCAUCACAUUUUGAACCAGGUAGACAAACUGAACUUGGUGUUCUAAUUAAUCGUCAACUUGAAAAAUGUUUUAAAGAUUCAAGAUGUAUUGAUUUAGAAUCACUCUGUAUUGUUGCUGAUCAAAAGGUUUGGAACAUAAGAGUUGAUGUUAAUGUUAUUAAUCACGAUGGUAAUUUAAUUGACUGUGCGUCAAUUGCAACACUUGCUGCGUUAUCACAUUUUCAUCGACCUGAUGUAACAUCAACUGGUGAUUCAAUAAUUAUUCACAGUUUUGCAGAAAAAGAUCCACUUCCUUUAACACUUUUUCAUAGUCCAAUUUGUGUUUCAUUAACAACGUUUGAAAAUGGAAUAACAGUUAUGGAUCCAACAUAUAUUGAAGAAAGAUUAGGAGUAACACAAUUAACACUUGGAUUAAAUGCUUAUCGAGAAAUGUGUUGUCUUCAUUUUGACCAUACAACAAGAAGCAGAGUAUCAACAGAUAUUUUAUCAAAUGUCAUGAAUAAAGCAGCAAAUUGUGCUGUUAAUCUCGUUAAAAAAAUCAAAGAUAUUGUUAAAACAGAUGUUCAAACUAGAUACAACAAGGAAGAAGCCAAAGCCUGCAGAUUCAAAGACACCAUUCCCACUGAUAAAAUUACAUCAAUGAUGACAGAAAGGAUACAGAUAAGAUUAGCCAGAUGGAAUACAGCAACAAAUUAUAAAAUAGAAAAUGAAUCACAAACUAAAGAUAAUAAUGAUAAAAAUGAUGAAGACAUUAACGAUGUUGAAAUGGAUCAAGAUGACACUAAAGUUGUCAAACUAGAUAUCCAAUCAGCAGAGUUAAUUAACAAUAAUGCAAAUAAAAUUGGUGAAGGUGGUAAAAAUACAUGGAAUCUUUCUGAACCAUCAGACGAAGAUAUGGAAGAAAAUAAUGAAAGCGAAAACGAUAAUGAUGAUAUUGAAGUCAUUGAUGUCAACGAAAAGGAUAAUAAAUCAAUUGAAAAUAUUGAACUGAGCGACAGUGAAGAGGAAGACACUGGGACUCUGACAAAAGAUGAUUUGAUAUGAUAAUACUUAACUUAAAAUUAAUAUUUUUCAUUUUAAAAAUUAAAAUAAU